AUGGAUCAAGACAAGCAGGGAGAGUUCGAAAGCUGCGAUGAGACAGCAAGCAUCCAAGUUGAGACACCGUCGCUGGUGGAGACUCCCGAUAUUCAGUUUACCAUAGUAGAGAGAUCUACACUUGAGCAGGCUUCUUCUGGGGUAUCCUUUAGUGUUUCCAGCAUCUCGGUUGAAACUCCGUCCCUCAAUGUUCAGGAAUCUAUAACCAGUGCGUCUGAGGUGCUUUCCACACCAGCCACUAUUGACCAAGUGUGUCCUCGUUCUGCACAGUCUCCAGCCGCACCACUUAGCAUACUAUCAUUCAAAAAUACUAACCUUCGUCCGCUACCACCAAAUGACAGUCGUUUUAGCGCUUCCAGCUCCACUGCUCUGCUUCCGGACCCCUCUCUCACAGGUGGUUCUGACAGCAGGACAUCGCGAUCAUCACUCCUUCCUCGUGAAAGCAUUUCAGUUAAUACAAUUACUGAAGAGAAUAGCAAAAGUACGCAAAGCCUGGUCUCGCUUGGAGAGGUUUUGGAAGGGCCUAUCAAUUCCCAGCCCUUGGAUGAUGAUCGCUUUCGGACGUAUCCAUUUGUAGAUGUUGAACGGCAGAUGCUAUCGAAUAAGAUAGAAGCUCUAGAAUCUGAGCUUCUUCUAGCUAGGAGCGAAGCAGAUGAGCUUAUGCUCCAAUUAGAGAUAGAGAGGCACCAAUUUGAACUUAUUUCUCAGUGUCUUUGCCAAACCCUAACUACGGAACGGGCCAUUUCUCCUAUGUUGAUCCCCUCCCCUUCAAAUGCCGUGGAACCCCCUGCCGCCUAUGCAGAUGUUGACGUUCAAACCAUUAGUAACAAUGAGACAAUGGUUGAGCUUAACAAGCAAGAAUAUGAGUCCUUUAUGGUCAUCGCUAUGAAGCUCCAAGAUGAAAAUAGCACCCUCUGGGAACAGGUUUCGUCCAAAGAUAAAACCAUAGCUCUCACGACUGAGGCCGUUGAUACACUCACAGAUGACGUAAAGCAUUUGACUGACCAGCUUUCGAUAAUUGGCGAGACUAAUCUCUCAUUGCAGAUUGCUUUGCAAGAGAAGGCUUCAAUUAUAGAGCAAUAUGAAUUAGAGCGAGCAAAGGCUGCACUCUCUGAUAGCUGUCAACAAACAGACAACCCAGAGUGUGUUUCAAAAGAGGUCUCUGCAACCGAACCGGUAGAGCUCCCCCUUAGGGCAGAUGUAGAGCAACAAACAAGCCUUACAUCAACUCAGUCAUCUGAGUUAUCGGGUGAUGCACAUUCCGUACACGAUGAACCUAAGGAUAUGACAGGCACUCCUUUGAAGGCUCUAGCUGAGAUCAGCGAACAGAUCUCUGUCAAGAAGGAAGAAUUAGUAGGAGUUAUGGCAAAAAUAGACGCUCUUGGGUCGUGGUAUAGCAAAGAAGUAGAGAGGUUGGAGGGCAUUAAGUACGUCCAGAGUGAAGCAGAUAGCUUGCUUACUGCAUCGAAGCAGGAAGGCAAACAGUCAACCUUGUUAGAAUUUGCAGGAAGCGUCCUACCAGCUCCGUCUCACGAUGGAAGCCGUGAAUCUCGAACAAUAACACGCCUCAUUGAGGUGCUAAACUUUCAGCCAUACAAAGACUCCUGUACUUCCGGUGAUCUAUCUGAUUGUAUUCUUACUUAUGCGUCCGAAGUUUUGCCGCACAUAGUAGACAUACAGCGCAUGUUACGGGCCCUGCAGAAGGAGUACUAUGCGUAUCUAGAGCAGCUAAGGGCGGAUACGAAGACUAUUGCAACUCUAAGCGCCGAUAAUGAGGUCCUUCGUGCUGCCAAUGCAAGCCUCCAAGAAUCUGUUGAGGCCCUAAAGGCGCAAGUAGAUUCUGAUGGGCUAACUAAGAAUGAUCUUCCCACGGAAAAGGAUAUUCCACUUCAUAGCGCCUCAGUUAACACAAGGACCCCAGCUAAUGGUCUUCUCGGUCAGUUACUACCAUUUCUAAACGAUGAGCUCACGAAAAAGAAGGCUCUAAACAUCGAUGCACUUGAAAAAACAAUUAGCAAGCAAACAGAGCUCCCACUCUCACGUACUUUAAGGCCAGACCUUUCAAAGAUGGCGGACGACUUUUCUGUUUCGGCCGAUGUGUCGCUAACUGAAGACUCAAUGAAUCAGCUGCGAGAAAUGAUCGAUGCAAAUGAUCAGCCUACACACGAGCAUGGGGCUUCCAGGUGGAAGGACUACGAGCCACUUUUGAUAGCCAUGCAAGCCAGGCACCAAGCCAAACGAUCUCUGACGCGUGAUAUAGAUGUUGUAUCUGGCCAGCCAGACUACAAGUUGCACUAUUUGCGUAGCAAGUUGGACGCCUUUAUGCUCCGACACCAGGUGUUAAAGAUCUUUAAUGUGCUAGGAACUCUUUUGGAGGAGAACAAUUUGCAGCAAGGAUCCAAAGACUCCUUUUGCUCUACUGACCUAUCUAAGCUCAUCGAGGUCUUAGACCACAAAACCAGGCGUGUGAAUGAGCUGGAGACAAUUCUUCUAGCUCUCUAUCAGCAGUCGACACACUUUUUCCGAACCUAUAGGAGUGUGCUGGACAUGGCCACUGUCUCUCUCAUUAAGCAAGACUCGUUAUUGAUGCACAGCGAUAUGGGUGCAAUAAGCAUGAUAUUGCUGCAUGCAAAGGUUUGCUUGGAAAACUCGAGUAACGAGACAAUUAAGGACGCAGUUCUAAGAGCGUUUAAUGAGCAACCGUGCUCACAAAUCACACCCAAUUCUCAUGCGAAUGUACUUGCUUCUGCAGACCUUCUAGAUGGUAACAAGGAACCAACCAAUCCCUUGACAAUGACAGUAUUGCAAACUAACCCAGAGCCAAGCUUGCGGUCUCUACUGCAAACAGAUAUACGACCAUCGUUUUUGUUAUCCCACUGUGAUCCUGCGGCAUCUCAAGGUCAGAUACCGGAGGAUACGUCUAAACAUACUCCCCUAAUGCGGGCGGUUAUAGAAGGAAACUACAGCAGCAUAACAGCCGCCCUCAUAACCAAGUACGCUUGCAAGCAGGACGGUGCAGGCAUGACUGCUCUGAUGCACGCGGUGGUGCAUCGAAGGUUCGGCCUCAUAUCAAAGUUGGCAGCGGCAGAGGCAGGCAUGGCUCUACCAGAUGGCCGCACUGCACUAUUCCUAGCGAUUGAAUUGAAGUACAUGGACAUAGCGGAGGAGCUUCGGCCAUACGAGGGUAUCCCAGUAGCCAGAAUCCCUGUUCUGCACAGAGAGCAGAAACAUGCGCAUACAAAGAAGGGUGCUCAAUCUAGAAGAGAGUCACUUGGGUCUUCCAAUUUGGAGACAGGUCAUGGGGGAAAAGUCACCGGGCUUACCAACUUAAUGGCAGCGGCUGAGAAGAACGACCUAGUGACUGUUUGGAUAUUAAUUCCCAAUGAGGGAUGCAUACAAGACUCCAGGGGGCGGACAGCGCUCAUGUAUGCGGCUUACGCUGGCAAUCUGCGAGUCGUGGAACUCCUCCUGCAGUUCGAGGCCCGCAUGCAAGACUCGAACGGAUGCACAGCCCUAAUGUAUGCAGUGCAGGCGGGAAACAUCGAGAUAGUUAAGCUCUUAGCAAGUACAGAGGCACGCAUCAUCAACAACACAUUUUCAACCGCCCUGAUGAUGGCUGCUCGUCUUAAAAGUGAGCAAAUGAUGAACGUAUUGGCUCCACUGGAGUGUGGUAUUCAGGGUUACAGCUCUAGUACCGCACGCCUUUUACCGAUGUCUCCCAGAGCGCGAAGAGGAUCUAUAAACCCUCAGAACUUCUUCACGGCUGAUGCAAAUGGAUCAGGAGUGACAGCGUUAAUGAUUUCUGCGAAUGUAGGAUUUAAAUAUGGGGUGUCACUUCUUCUGAAUGAAGAGUUGUCCCUUCGAGACAGAAACGGGUACAGCGCCUACGACUAUGCCGUUUAUGGUAAAGGUGACGGGCACUUACAAAAAGAAAUAGCACAUUUACUGCGAGAAGAGGUGAACUAG